GACUUUCAUUGACGUUUGCUUUCAGCGAUUUCUUCACUUUUUUUGUCAAAAUCAUUCAUCAUUAUUAGGGUCGCGUGGAUUGAUAUUUCUCGCGUGUGAGAGUUCGGUUACCAUGGCGAUGAGCCGUCAAGUUAACGCCUGAGUCUCGCGGUAUCGGGACUUCAGUCGGCGAGUCUUCUCCGACAACUGGAGGCCGCACCUGUCAUCGAUCACUUCUCCCCGAUUCCAGGGACAAUAAACGUCUGCUUCUGCAGCUUCUAUGGAAAAAACAACUAACAAAAUUAUUGUCAGGCAUCGCAGGCGUUCCUUUAAUACGGUUACCAGUGAUUCCGGCGGUGUGAUUUAUUUUUAUUAUUUGACAAAUGCUUCUUCCAGAAACGCUGUGUAUAUCUUGUUCCCUUGUCGGCAUUGAUUGCCAGUCUCCGUUGAAAUUUAAUCGACAGUUGUGACAAACCCGAGUGGAAACGGUAGCUUGUUGACCUAUAGCAGUUAUGGCGUACACAUCUCUAAAACAGUGGAAUAGUUCCUUGUCUAAACAAUAUAUCGCCAGUACUAUUCUCCAGUGUUGCUAUGUGGUGUUCGGACUUUUUGGAAAUAUUUUGGUCAUAUUGAUGUACAGAUUUAAAAUGAGGGGACAAAAAGAGGACCGCUUUUUUAUACCAGUGCUGGCCGUCGUGGACUUAACCGGGUGUCUGACCUCAGCCUCGCUUUCGCUCGCGCAGAACCUAUUUCCGGUUAUGUUUCCCAGCGGCGUGUUGUGUAAGCUUUUAUUUUUCAGCACUUCCGUCACGAUAAUCAGUUCGCUCCUUCUUCUUUUCGUGAUCUCUAUCCAGCGUUACCAGAAGAUAUGCCAGCCGUUCGGUUGGCAGAUGUCGGAGUGCCACAAGUACUGCUGUGUGGCGGCGACCGUCUUCUGCGCCGCCAUGUUGUCUGUCCCCGUUAUCCUCCUGUACGGGGACCACCCGAUGCACAAGGACAAUAUCACGGGAGUCACGUGUAGCGUAGGGACAGGGAAGCACUCGGACCUAGCGGUCUACAACUACAUCAUCUUGACGUUAGAGUGCAUUCUGGUUGGAAUCAUGACCUUUCUUUACUUUCUUGUUGGUAAGAGGGUUUUCUAUAGCUUCAAAAGCAUGAAAAGCUACCGACGUAACUUUUCGAUUUCUAAAAACUCUAACGCGGCGGUUCACUGUCCGUCUGAGGACGAGAGUUUCAUCUCGAAAGAUAGUGCAGACGAGUUUAACAAAGAGGAGAUGGUGGAAGAAGAAAAAGUUUCCACUGACAACCAAUCAAAGACCGAAAAUAAGCCGGUCGUGAAAGAUGAGAGUAAACCCCCGGAGCCAGUGUCGAUUCUCGUGUGUAACGCCAGCACACAAACGAUGCCAAGACGCGGCACGAAAAAAUCUUUGAGUAUAGACACAUCUCACGAGAUGUCCAUGGAUAUGGGCGACGAAACCAGCGAGAUAUGUCCCGGGGAGAACGAGACCCCGGACUGCCCAGCGGGCGACGACGAUGGCCCGGUGUUCACUCUAGAGUCUGACCAGGUGGGCGUGGGCACCUACCCGUGUACAGAGGAGCUGGAGACUGUUUAUGAGGACAGUGUUCCGGAAGACGAAGUGGGUGAGAAGGCCAUAAAAAAUGGCGGACCUGAAAAACCCGGAGGUGACCAGAACCAGGAAGUGACCCGAAAACUCCGGAAGCAGAGUAGUAGUGUGUCGUUAGGAGGUCGAAGAAACCAGAGCACUUCCGCUUUGGCCAAACAACGGAACCAAAGCAUCACGUCGUUUGGCAAAUGUCGGAAUCAAAGUGCGCCAUCUUUGAGUAAACUACGACAACAAAGUGUCUCUUCUUUCAAUAAAGACCGAAAAGCAUCGAAUGUAGACUCCCUGUACAGUAACAAGAGCAGCUGCGCGGCGCAUCGUUACACAAUCAUGUUCAUAGUCAUCUCAUUCGUUGCUAUAGUGACGUAUAUUCCGCCAUGGAUUUUUAUUAUAAUGGAGACUCAGGACCACGAGUUUUGGAGUGCGCUGACGUACGGCGAGAGUGUGACGUUUCUCAUCAUUCGCCGGAUUUACAUCAUUAAUCACGUGGUCAACCCUGUUAUAUACGGGCUCUUCGAUGGACGCUUCCGGUAUACCCUUAAACGAAUGUUAUGCCCAAAAAUGAAUACGAACGUGUAAUAUGCACGAGUUAUUUUCAUAUAAACGAAACACCUUAACUAUUUUUAUUAUUCAAUUAUUAUAUCGGAUCGACAUAUUAUUGAAAGUUUUAUAAAUUAUCUUUUCCAUGCUUUGUGUGAAAGUAGUGAAAAUGUUUUUGUUUUGAAAUACAUUUUACACGUACAGUUUGUGUGACCUGAAUGGAAAUGCAUAUUUAUUAUUGGUAUAUAUUCUCCACAGUUUGUUAUUGUAAUGAAAUCUACAUAACAUAAAAUUUUAAAUUUG